AUGACGACACCAACCGAUACUGGCAUGCCGGACAAGGGCAAGAAUGUGGAGCGCGGUACUCUGGGCAAAUAUGUGAAGAGGAUGAGCACUGUGUUCAAGAGGGAGAAGUCGAGCAAAAGUGUGCCGACCAUAGCGGCUGAAGCGUCUUCCGCCCCCCAGGCUGGGCAACAACAGCCAGUCGCGAAGGAUGCCGCCAAAGAGGACAAAGCGAAACCGGAUGUCACACCUGCCACUCCCAUGACUUCUGGCGUAUCAGCACCAUCAAGUCCAACCACCAAGGAAAUGGAUCGCAACGCUAUGCAGCAGGAAAGAGCUCGUGCUCUCUUCGCAAAGUACGGCCUUACUCUAGAAUCGCACGAGUGGAUCGCCGCGCCAGCCCCCAAGCCUACCGUGCAGCGAGUGGAGAAGUCGAUCCGUAUGCGUGUCCACCGUAGUUGCCAUCGUUGCGGAACUCUUUACGGCGCUGACAAGGUGUGCCUGCAAUGCGAGCACAAGCGAUGCAAGAAAUGUCCGCGAUACCCGAAGAAGAAGACGCCCGAGGAGAAGCAGGCUGAAAAGGAGGGCAUGGAACAGCCGAAACGAAAGAGAAUGCUCACCAUCCGGACGCGAGGCGGAGACGAACUGGUAUACCAGCCCGCAAGGCAACGCAUCCGACGUACCUGCCACGUAUGCGAGAAACUUUUCAACCCCGCAACGGCAAACGUCUGCGAUCAAUGCCAGCAUGUCCGUUGUACAAAAUGUCCACGUGAGCCUGCCAAGCUCAAUAAGUGGCCCAAUGGGUAUCCAGGAGAUGCUGCUGAGCCUGACAGCGAGACCGAGGUGGAAAAGCAGCUUGACAAGUUUAGACGAACAUGGAGAAAGCCCAGGCAAAGGGUGCGGUGGCAGUGCGAGAAGUGCAAUGGCCUCUUUCACAACAACUCGCCGCAGUGUCCUGGGUGCGGGCAUGAAAGAUGCGACAAGUGUACAAGAUCACCUGUCAGGAAGACUGAAAAGGGAGACCGUUUUGAUGCUCAAGUUGUCGCGGCUGUAGAAGCCAAGCUGCGAGCCAUGGAUGUCGAUGAUGACUCGCCCUCCUCCGCAGCUGAGGCUACGUGA